CUAAUUUAAAUUAUCUUCUGGUGUCCUACGAAGCUAAGGAAGUUAGCUUGCUAGCUGGAAGUGCACAGACCCGAACGUAACUUCACAGCGCACUUCAGAGAGAGCAAACGGUUUUUAACAAUCUGUCUGAAGGAAACGUUUCUGUGAUUUAGCUAGUAGAAAUGUCUAAACUUGAGUUCAGUUCAAAAGAGAAUCAACGACAACAGAAACUACUGGACGCUGUUUUAAACCCUGAAGUCCAGAUACACAGAGCAGACGUCCAGCAGCUGUCGGUGGUUAAAGCAGAGGUUCCCCCUGAGCAGCAGGAGUGGAGCUCCAGUCUGGACCAGGAGGACCCAGAGCCCCCCCCACACAUUAAAGAGGAACAGGAGGAACUCUGGACCAGUCAGGAGGGAGAGCAGCUUCAAGGGCUGGAGGAGGCUGAUAUCAAGUUCCCGUUAACUUCUGUCCCUGUGAAGAGUGAAGAAGAUGAUGAAGAGAAAGCUCAGUCCUCACAGCUUCAUGGAAGCCAAACUGAGGAGAACAGAGAGGCAGAGAGAACAGAAGCUGAUGGAGAGGACUGUGGAGGACCAGAACCAGCCAGGAACUCAGAUCCAGAUAGUCCUUUACAACCAGCUACUCAUGACAAGACUUCAGACUACUCUGAAUCUCAGACUGAUGACAGUGGUGACUGGGAGGAGACUAGGGAACCUCAGUCAGGUUUAAACCCUCUGAAAAACAAUGAAGUAGCUGUAAGUGAUGUGGAAUGUAAUACUGGAAACACAUCAGUUAGCUCCUCUGAAUGUGCUGGAAGCUUUGGCCACAAGAAACCUCUGCAGAAACACUCUGGAGUCCAAACAGGAGUGAAACCAUUUAGUUGUUCAGUUUGUGUAAAAGAUUUACACAAAAGCAAACUCUGAAACGACACGUGACUGUCCACAUGGG